UACCCCAGCGCGGUAUAGAUACGAAACUUCCCUCUCACAUACACACAUUCAACCAUGACGUCUUUUUUUUCUCGAAUGGAGCAUUUGGAACCUGGCGCUGGAAGGGUCUUUGUGUUCGGUAACGUGGUUGCAAAGGGGGAAAGAUGGGGAAUGAAAGGAUUGAACCAAAAAAAACUUUGACCAACCAAGAAGAGUGAAGUCCACCUCGACGGGGAAUGGGAGAGAGGAGGAAAUCGCUUUCUGUGAUGCUGCUGCACGGCUUCCCGCGGCCUGAGAAGGAACGAAGUUCUUCGUCUGAUCUGUUUUCGCUCUCCCUCGCUGAUGCUUUUUGAUGGUGCGGGUGUUCGUCUGUCUUGUCAAUCUUGUGCGCCGUCGCCGCACGUUCACGCUCUACUUGCUUGCUUGCUUGCUGCCUUGGUCGUCGACCGAGGGUCGACAUUCGUCCGCAAGAUCCAACCGGGGCAGGAUAUGUGUGUGCUACGGCGGUCUCACCGGGUUUUUCUUCGACAGGGGGACUCCUCGCCUCUACGCUUCUGCGUCACGCCAGGGAGAGAGAGAGAGCAUGAGAGAGGGGGAACGGAAACCACUUUCUCACACGCGCGCAACAGAACCGAAAGAAGAAAAAGAAAAAAGAUUAUAUCCAUCUAUCGAAUUCCCCCCUUGCCCAAACCAACCAAGAAACCUUUGUCCUGUCCUGCUGCUGCUGCUGCUGCUCCUUCGUCUUCGUCUUCUUCUCCUCGCCGACCGUCCCAAACACAAACAAACAAUCACCCCGUGCUGUGCUGUGCUGUGCCCCUUUCCGUUUCCUCCCGCGCUCAUGUCACCACCCAUCGAGGUCGACGUUACCAGCAUCAACCCACCAAUCGCCCACACAACAUCUCAUCUCGUCCCACGCCAUCUCAUCCCCAUGCCAGAAGUAAUCCCGACCUGAACGUGACCGGUACAGGCACCCAGCUCCCAGCUCCCAGCAACAAGCAGUGCCCACAAUGUGAACGACGAGCGUGCCUGUCUCCCGACGGUCUGGCAGGAAUCGACCUCUCCUUCAACUAGGGAUCCCUUUCGUCUACGAUGGACUUAUUACUCCUCUGAUAGUCGCCUCCUUUCUCUUCCCUGCUUUCUC